GUUACGCGGUUUGUGAGAAAGUCAUGGCUUCCCGGCUUGUUGUUUGUCUUGUUUUUGUUAAGAGAUUCCACGACUGGAACGGUUUUCAAUCGAGAAAUGGCCUUUGAUGUCUCAAAUAAGGACUUUCCGAGGACUCCGGGAGAGGAGCAAUAUCGAAGACACGGCAAAAGUCGAAAUUUGAAAAACAACGCGAAGAAGAAGUGAUUCGCAAUGCCCACGAAAGAGGAUAUUUGAAGGCUCCAACUGUUAGUGGUAUUUGGGACAGUAUAGGUGAAAAAUGCGAUCUUGGAGAAAUCAGCUACCUAAAUAUGAGUGGGAUUUGUCUUCAUACCGUGAAAACGAUUGACUUAUGUACAAGACUUCGAGUCUGCGUGCUACAUUCCAACUACAUUUCGACGUUUGAUUCCCUCGCUUGUUGUCGCGAGCUUGUUUACAUGGAUUUGCACAGUAACCAGGUGAGUUUGAAAAUGUGAUUUAAUGUUGUGAGUUAAGUUAAAAAAAUAACUCUUCCUAUUAAACUCUCUAAAAUACUGCAUUAAAAAGCUGAUGAAACGUUGCUAUCUAUGUAAUGCUGGCAUUUCCUGAUCUUGUGUCGGAUUAAAAUUGGUUAAGGUCUCCGUAAAGGAAAACGAGGUGCCCACAGAAAAAAAUUCUAGUCGCGCGAGUAUUUUCGCUACAAAGGCAAGUUAUAUAUCAAAUUAAAGCUAAAAGACUAAAUUACCUUAUAAAAGAUUUUAUUUUACCGAAUUUCAAAAGGCGCUUAAGUUUUUUGCUCUCGAACUCAGAGGUAUCGAGUUUACUGCUGAAGCUCCAGCCCUUUCGCGUUGUUAAAUAUUCGCUUCCUUUUUAUUGCGUCUGAUUGACAGAUAAAAACCUAAAAAAAGGGUGUGAGGAAAUUUGCAUAUGUCUUGUAUUAUUUAUUCAUUUUGCACUAAAAAGUCGAAUCUCGAGCGCGAUUUACGGGUCUGACAUAAAAUGAGUUACAAAUUGUCGGAAAAUUCCUCACACCCUUUUUGAGUCUAUAUCAUUAUCCAUCAUAUCUCAAAGUUUCAAAGCAGGCGUGAAAAUUGUCCCGACUGGCGGUGAGCCGGCGUGAAAAUAGAAGAGAAAAUCAACCCGCAAGCGUUAGACUCAAGGUCCAUGCUUGGCUGGUUAGCGCAGAAAAGGCUCAUUUUAGAACGGUUAAAAAGCACUUUCUGAUUUUCUUUUUCUGCCAAAAUAAAAUUUAGGACCCACUCAUGCCAAAAAUCCAAAAAAAACAAAAUCGAGCAAUGUACUAAAAUUUUCAUUUAUCGAGACCUUAAAUAAUUAACACAGCACCGUUAAUUUGCAAUGAAAUGGUUCGAUUUUCAAUACCGGCUGUAAACGUACGGAAGCAUUCUUGGGUAUAUAUAUUUUUUCUUUAUUCAAAGGACAAAUGUACCAAAUCUGCAGCUGCAAGUGUCGUGUUGGGGAGAAGCCGGGACGCCGGGACCUACCGCAUUGGUCUCAGAAACUUUUGAGCAGAUACAAAAGCUCAGAAACUUCUUGAAAACUUACAUUUAUUUGUGUGUUUCUUUGCUCUCAUCGUUUGAAAAUAUUGAUGACAACUGAUGUGCUAACAGUGCUAUUUAUUUGCUAGAUUGCCAAAGUGCCUGGUCACAAGUUUUGGGCAUCUCUUACUGAACUCAAAGUUGUAUUUCUUCAUGACAACAGCAUUUCAAAGCUUGAUAAUGUACAUUACAUGGCAGCAUCCCCAAGCAUCUCUAUUCUGACACUGUAUGACACUCCGCUUAGUCUAAAACCCAACUACAGGCAUCACCUGGUGAACAGUCUGUGGUCAUUGAAAUCUCUUGAUAACAUUGUCAUCUCUGAUGAAGAAAUAAUUGAGGAUUCAUCAUUUGGUGGUUCCUUCGCACCUUUGCAGCCAAGAUUUUUUAUCAAGCCAUCAUGUUCGCUAACAAAGGUAAGGUAAUUUAAAUUUUGUUAGUCUCUUCUCGUUGGUGGACUGUUAUAGCCUGCUUCCCAUAUCUAUACCUGCCAACUCUCACGCCUGCUGGUUGAAAACUUCGAUCUCACACCGGCUCACGCUUGCGGGCCAAAAUGAUCAUGUCAUCUUCAAAAAUCCCAGCACUCCCAGGAUAAAACUCUCACGCUUAUAUCUCAGAAAAAGUUGGCAGGUAUACAUAUCCCACCAACCUAACUGCAAAAUAACUUCCAAUAUGAGCAAAGAAGACACUGGCAACAAUGGUUAUCACAGGGUUUUGCUACCAGCUUGCCUGUGAAGUUGAUCUGAGUUCAACUCCACAAUAUCUGGUGGUAUUAAGAACACCCUGUGAUGACUCUUGUUGCUGCUGGUGCGAUGUUAGAUUGGUAUCCUUAUCUGUCAGAAAAGUUUAGCAGUUAGUGCUAGCAGCUAAUUGGUGCAUGUAGGCUUUUGUACAGUUGGUGCCAAAAGUGUGUAGUUGUCUUCGAGAGAAUUGAAUUUGUACUCAUUAUUAACAUUAUUUGUAUUUAUACAUCCUGGAUAAAGGCUUUUUUCGAGAGGCACUUUACAAAGAAAAAAAACUAAAACCAGGCCAAAAAACACCAAACAAAAACAAACAAACCAACAAGAAAGAAUAUUGUAUUUACUGUACUUGUUGAGGGUGACUGUAAAAGUUAAUGUGGCUAACUGUAACUGUGGUUCUUGUUUAGGAAAACACAUAUGAAGAAGCCAUAAGAGAGGUUAACAGGCUUAUAGCUGUAGUGAAUGGUAUCCAGGCUAAGUACUGUCCUGUUCUGAUAAUCCAGCGUUGUAUCAGAGGAUAUUUGGCAAGAACAAGAUUUAAAUUUAUCCAGGAUUUGAGAUUGUGGUAAGAGCUGUUAUUUUUAAACCGGUGCAAGUUUUUUGCUUUCAAGUUGUGAUAACCAUGAAAACCAGGAUGAUUUCUGAAAUGUUGUGUCCAAGCAAGGAAAAUAAAAUUAACUAGUAACAUAAAUGAAAACACUACAAGCACUAUGGUUCAAUCAGAUUCAGCAUGCCGCCAUAAAUUUUGUUAAUGAAUUCAUUUGAUUGGCUUAAAAAUUUUACUUUUUAUUUCAUAGUGGAAUUCAGAAACUCAAGAUAAUCAUUUUGGUAGCUGUGGUGGUCAUUUCCUUCCACCUUUUUCAUGUUUCAAUGGUUAGAGUAUCCAAAUACAUGUAAAUUUGUUUCAUCAAGAAGCAUUUGAAGUAGAAAAAGUUAUUCUGCCCAGGAGGAAAUUAAGCCCAGUGUUGAAGCACAACUAAUAUGAAGCAAAUGAUAUUAUUCAUGGAUUGGCUGGGUACAAAUGUUGACCUAAACACCCCCCCCCCCCCCGGUUGGGGGUGGUAGCCUGGCCAGGAGCCAGGUUUUUUUACUUUUUUUUUUUUUUUUAGCUUUGCCAAAACAAACAAACAAACAAACAAACAAACAGAAAGAACGUUGGCAGGGACACCGCAACAGCUGUGGCCAAUUACAGCGGGCCUGGAUACUAAUAAAAAAAAAGAAAUCUUAAAAAACACUCUGAUACAAGAAAAACUACAGCUACAGGUUGGGUGUGACUUGGCUGGCAAAGCAAAAAAGAGGCAGAAGCUGCAGAGCUGAGUAGCCCAGCCAGUACUAAAAGUCAGAGAAUGACCUUGCUUCCCAUGUUAGACCCUUCAGGGCAGUCAUGGGAUGGCUCUCACUCAGUAAUAAUGGCAGGCCUGUACAAAUCAAUUAUAUUACAAUCUAGCGUACUACCUUCGUCCUUGCAUAGUAUUGGCUGGUAAUUGUCCGUACUUUUAUGUCAUUUAUCUCUUUACAGGGCUGCAGUAUCUAUCCAGAGGUUCUAUCGUCAUUACAAAGGUUUCACUGAGGGGGGUACCCUGCCUCCUCCCACGUCCCCAGCUCCCAGCCGCUCCUCCACGGCCUUGACUCGUUUUGAUUACGAGGCUUAUUUGCAUGGCGCGAAACCAGCGUAUCCCAGUAGCCCUCGAGGUUCCUCGGGAAAAGUUUUAAGAAGAACCAGGAGUCGAAACGUGUCAAUCACGGUGGAACCAAUCAGUAGCAUUGCCGAGGAAGGUAAUGGAAGAACUGAGAGCAGGGUGACUACAUCUCCUGUGGAGGAUAUCGAGCUGACAAGAAAGGAAAGUUUUCCUGUCAGAAUCACCACAAGAAUUACGUUGAACCUGAAGAGGCUGGAAACGAGUACUUCUGACAUCAUUAGGGCGCAAGAGGAGGCCGUGAGCGUUCAGAGGAACCUGGGUUUAGUUGGUAUAAGAUCUAAGAAAAGUAUGAGUGAAAGCCGUGAGUCAGUGCGGAUAAAAUUGGCUACAAGGAAUAGAAUCAGAGCGAAGAGCAGAGAACUGAAAAAAGAGGAGGAAAGAAUAGGAAACAAGGAUAGAAAACAGAAGAAAAGGGAGCGUAUUGGAAAGUACUAUGCUGUGAAUGUGUUUUUGGGACGGGUUGUUGAUACGCAUCCCCGCACCGAGAACGAACCGAUUGAGACCGAACGAGAUCCGAACAGGCUUCGGUUCAGGUUAUCGGGAUUUCGUCCUCCGAUUCAGAAAGUAGAUCCUUUACGCGAACUGCUGAUUUCGAGGCAAGAAGCGGGAAAGGAUGUAAGAGAAGCCGCGAGGGAAAUAGAAAAGAAAGCCGCGGAGGAGCCCAGAAAAGUUGCCGUCAAGAGACAUACGGUUACUACGGACCAGAGGUUGUUUAUCCGUACUCAUGGCACAAUGGGUUUAGCGUGUUUACGGGCUGUACAGCAUGCGUACAGAGAAAGAGAACGCGCUGAUGCAGUGUCUUCUAAGGCCAACACCGUGGCGCAGCUCAGGGAAGACAGAGAACAAGCUAAAGAACGUGUCAAGGUUUUUAAACAGGAAUACAAGGAAGCGUCGCUAAGAAGAAGGGUUCGGGAUGGUGUAAGAACUGCUGAAGCAUUAAAGGAACGACAAGCUAAGGAGGUUAUUGAACACGAGCGGCUCUCAACCGCCAGAGCUGUCACGGCAGAGCAGGCGAAAUCUCGGCGUGCAGAGCUUGCCUUUAUAACAGACUUCAACUGCCAGCAUACGUCUAUUUCUAAUGCGCUGCAGCGUCAUGACAGAGUCUCACACAGAGACGAGCGGGCUCAAGAAAUUGAAGACUUUGUCCGAAAAGAAAAGGAAGUCUCCGAAGACCAACAAGUUUUGGUGCGCCGCUACAUGGAACACAGGCAGCUACUGCGUCAGGCGGAAACCGCCAUGGCGCGCGCUGAUCUGGACUCGCAUUUGACACGCGAAGCCAAUCAGCGCAAAGCGGCGGCAAAAGAACGCGUUGCGCAGAUAAAAGCGCGAAAUCAGGAGACAGUCGAGUACUUCUCUCCACCGUUGACGCAUGCGCCAGCUAAGCUUCCUCCGCUGGCUGUUGUUUCUCCAGAGCAAAUGGACGUAUGGAAUGAUUUGGAGAAAUUUGAUUGGACGCCUGCGAGACACGAUCGUUCGUAUUCUGAGCCUUACAAUAGAGUGAUGUCGUCAAGGAGACAGCGCAUGUAUUCUUUGGAGCCUACAUUUGGGGUCGCUUAAUCAAAAAGAAAUACUUCUUCAUCACAGAAAUGUUCAAGGGUAUUCUGUUGCGUAACUUUCAUAAAACAAAGAGAGAUGUUUAAUCUUCUCGAACCUUGUUCGCUGAACCAGAGCUACAUUUUUACAGUGUGUCAAGUUGAAAAUUUGCGAGUUUCAAAUGAAGAAGUGCACAUUUUGUUAAGUAAAAUUAUUGAAAUAAGCAAAUUCGUAAAGGAAAGAAAGGUCUUUUCAAAUUGGUGAAGCCCGAUACGGUUCAUUGAAAACUAAUGAGUUGUUGUAAAAGUGAAUUAUGUUCUGACGUUCUGUUUUCUUUCUUUCACCAAAUAGGUUAGUAAUAAUGAUGAUUUGUCGUAAGAGACCUAAUUUAACCUAAAAAUCUAUUUGAAAUUUCAUAUUACUGAGUUAUUAAUUUAUACUUUAGAGUAGAUUCUAUUGUAAUAUAUUUCAAAAAGUUCACCUAGUCAAGAGUUCG